AUGAAGAGCCCUCCGUAUCAUCCAGAGAGUAACGGGCAGGCGGAGAGAAUAGUAUCGCUUGGUGGCAGAGUGAUUUCUGCACAUAGGCGACAGAUCAAAGUCCCACCUGACUCUCGUUUGAAAACUAGAAAGUGUUUGGUUUUCCAUGAAGAGAAUUCAGGUUCAGCACAGCCUUUUGCUAACAACAACAACAACAACAACAACAACAACAACAACAACAACAACAACAACAACAACAACAACAACAACAACAACAACACCAGACGAAGCAGCGUAGAAUUUCAGAAUGAAGAAGAAGAAACAGCAAGUUCAGAUUUUUAUGGAUACGCAACCGAUUCUGGCUUAUUUAAGGAAGCUUUGGUUCCACAACAGAACGAUCGAAUUGAUCAACCCUAUAGCAAACGUCGUAGAGAAGAAGAAGGAGAUUCCGAAUCCGAUUUUUAUGGAUUCGCAGCGGAUUCGUUCGUAUUUCAAGAGGUUCCUGCUUUUGAAGAAGAUAGAACUUCAAGUGCAGUAGAGCCAGUGCGGCGAUCGAAGCGUCGUACAAAGAAGAGAAGAAAAGAUGAAUAUGUUUAUUAUUGA